AUGGUGCUCGCGCAGCUCGGCGGGAGCCUCUCCCAUGCGCUCGCGCGGAUGACGAAGGCCACGGUCGUCGACUGCCUCAACGAGAUCACACGCGCGCUCCUGCAGGCUGACGUCCAGUUCGACAUGGUCCGCGACAUGCAGGCCAACGUCAAGCUCGCCGUCUACCUCGGGGCGCUCGCCGCUGGCACCGACAAGCGUCGCGUCGUCUUCGAUGAGCUAUGCAACAUGUUGGAUGCUGGGAAGCCCGACUUCGCUCCCGAGAAAGGGAAGCCGUGCGUGGUGAUGUUCGUUGGUUUGCAAGGUUCUGGGAAAACUAUCACUUGUAUGAAAUAUGCCCAUUAUCAUCAAAAGAUAGGAUUUAAACCGGCACAGGUUUGUGCUGACACAUUCAGGGCUGGUGCUUUUGAUCAGCUAAAACAGAAUGCGACAGAGAUCAUGGUUCCUUUCUAUGGAAGCUACAUGGAAUUAGACCCAGUAAAAAUUGUUGUUGAGGGCGUGGAGAGGUUUAGAAAAGAAAAUUGUGAUCUCAUAAUUGUAGAUACAAGUGGAAGGCACAAACAGGAAGCGGCUCUGUUUGAAGAAACGCGCCAAGUUUCAGAAGCAACGAAACCAGACCUGGUAAUAUUUGUGAUGGAUGGUAGCAUUGGUCAGGCUGCAUUUCCUCAGGCCCAAGCAUUCAGGCAAAGUGUUCCGGUUGGUGAUGUAAUUGUUACAAAAAUGGACGGCCAUGUGAAAGGAGGUGGCGCACUUACCGCGCUGCCAAUGAUAAUGGUCUACUUUGGCGACGAGAGAAACGACGAGGCUAACAAAGGUGGUGUCCUAGCUGCGAUGGAUCAUGCAGUGGCUUGGCAAGAUUUAGGUGCGGCUGAUUGCUCCCCCGGCAGGCCUGUGGCAGAGGCCACAUACCCAUUGUCGCCCCAUGUUGGUGUGUCCGUGGACUGGAAAAAUGAGCCUCUCCCCCGCUUCCUCGCCAGCUACAACCCCGUCAACGCCUCCGCUGUGCGUCGCACCGAUUAG